CCCGGACAGUCCAGGUUCGUGUUUCCUCCACAGCCCGCCCUGCUUUGCAUGAGGCAGCCAGCUGGGCAGGUCCGUGAACGCACCUCCCUCUUCCUGAGAGGCUUCACUACUUUUGUGGCGCAGAGAAACGGAGAAAGUGCUGUUCAGACCCGGGUCAGGACCCCGAACCGCACACAGGACUGUCCCACAUCUGGAGGAUUCACUGGAUCAGACUCUGAGCCGUGCGUAAAAGUGGACCAGAGGGGAUCAGCACCGUUUCCCACGGACUUUAUCUCUCCACCAGGACGGGGGUUGGUGUUUUUCAAGGCUUUGAGGGGUAUCACUCACCAACACACACACCCUCCUCUCCUCAGCAGCAUCCUGAGCAGGUCUCAUUUUUACUGUGAUCGAGCAACAGGUCGAGUCCUGGUGUGAAGGCGACCAUGCCGAGUAAGAGCCAGUAUCUGCGCCCCCGGCUCUGCACGCUGGAGAAGGGCGACAACGGAUACGGUUUCCACCUCCACGGGGAGAAAGGUAAGACGGGCCAGUUCAUCCGGUUAGUGGAGCCGGACAGCCCCGCAGAGACCUCCGGGCUCCGCGCAGGGGACAGACUGGUGUUCGUGAACGCGGAGGACGUGGAGAACGAGAGCCACCAGCAAGUCGUCUCCCGGAUUAGAGCCACCGUGGGCUGGCUGGAGCUCAUCGUGGUGGACCCGGACACGGAUCAGCUGCUGAAGAAACACAACCUAAAGUGUCUGAAGGAGUAUGCCACCGAUGGAGUCCCGAUACCUUUCGAUGAGGAGGAGGAGGAGGAGGUGGUGGUAGUAGUGGAGGAGGAUGUGGAGGUGGAUGGGACAGAGAUAGAAGAAGAGCAGCUCGAGAAGAAGGACGAGGUGGAGGAGGAGGAAGAUGAGGAGGAGGAGCAGGAGGGGACACCCAGGGAGCCCACGCCGGUCCCGGAGACCAACGGAGGAAUUCACGAGCACGUGGAGGAAAAACUGAGCAUCGAGUCUGAGAAGGAGGUCAUCACUGAGCAGCGGCCUCGUCUGUGUGUGAUCCAGCGAGGUUCUAACGGGUAUGGCUUCAACCUGCACAGCGAGAGGGCGCGGCCGGGACAGUACAUCCGAGCUGUGGAUGAAAACUCUCCAGCAGAGCGGUCCGGCCUGCUGCCCAGAGACAGGAUAGUCCAGGUGAACGGGAUGCCUGUGGAUGGAAAGACACAUUCAGAAGUCGUAGCUGCCAUUAAAUCUGGGGGGAAUGUGGCCCGUCUGCUGGUGGUGGACCCCGACACAGACGCUUUCUUCAAGAGAUGCCGGGUGGCCCCGACCCCGGACCACCUCACCGGUCCACUUCCUGAACCGGUUGUUAAUGGAGGGAUGGAGGAGAAGGUGAACGGCCGAGGGGCUAAAGACGCAGAGAGGGACUCCAAGCUGUCAGUCAGUCCGUCUCCAUCCAACGCAUCAUCCAACGCCUCGUUCACAACCCCGCCCACAAACACCCCGCCUGAGGGUUUGAUCACAGAAUCCAUCCCCGCUCUGAACCUGUCGCUGCAGCAGGUCAAAGAGCUUGCCCACCAGAAACGCUCCAACAAGAGAGCUCCACCCAUGGACUGGACCAAGAAGAACGAACUCUUCAGCAACCUAUAGAAUUCCUCUAUUCACCUCAACACACACACACACACACACACACACACACACACACACACACACACACACACACACACGCAUACAAAGACACACAUGCAUUUAAACACAACAUGUUUUAUAAUGAAUCUAACAUCAGAAAGACAUUUUUUAUUCUCAUGACACUAAUAAACAGUUCAACAUUUGGCCGCAGAAAAAUUGAAGCCAUCAUGUAAAAUAGUGACACUUAAUAUUAAAUAUUACUCCUCAUGUUAUCUUAACACAGAUAUUUUACUGUAUAUGCUUCAUGUGCUACUAACAAGAACAAUGCCAAUGACAGAGAACUGGACCAUGUUAAAAGCGUGUGUGUGUGUGUGUGUGUGGACCCUGACAGUCCCUGCUGUAGAGAUGAGGAAGAGUUUAAUGACUCUCUGCUCCUUCUUCAGAUAAAACCUUUUAAAUGUCUUUAAAACAGCGACGGGAUGAGCAGGAGUCAAACCAGCCUGACAAUCACUUCAACAUUCAGUUUGUCUUUAUGUUGUUGAAGAUUUAGAAGUUAAAACCACUUAAAGGUCAUAUAUUUCAUGAGCUGUGGUGUUUUGAUUUGUCCAGUCAGAUUCCAUGUGAGCACAGAAGCUGAGACAACUUUGUUUUCCUUUUAAUGCUUUUAUCUGUUUUUGGGUUCAUCUUAAAAAUCUUGAAAAAUCUGCUAUGUUAUUUUAAGAUGAUGAAAUAAUACAUUUUGAUCUCAAUAUGAAAGCAUUCAAGUAAUCCUGAGCAUUGCCCUUUUGUGUAUUUUAGAGAUAGGUCUGUGGUAUUUUAUACAUUUUAUGAUUCCAAAAGAAGUCUUUGCUUUCCUCAUGAAAUGAAUCUGUUUUUUAAACACUCACUGUUGGCUUUAAACUGGAAAACAACUAUUUUAAAAUGUGUCUCUUAUAUUGUAUAUAUCAUAUUUCAUGUAUAUUUUUACUUUUUUUGACACGUAUUCCACUCUGCGACGAAAUGAAGUCCCUCGCAGCAUUUACCCACACUUAAAAAAAAAUCAUAUCAUCUCUUGUUAAAUGUGAACUUUAGUUUAUUCCAAGUAAUUUAUACCGUCCUGAUGAUGCCACAGUCAUCGUGAAUGGCUCUUGAGUUCACAUUAUGAUCAUACAGAGUAUUUUUAUUGCUCCUGUGAGAGUUUUUCACAUUUCUAUCCAUGUCUUAAAAUGAUUAUGAAGUAUCUUUGAGAUUAUGUAUUUCAAAAAAAGAACAUCUGCGCUUCACUAGAUUUUGUGCAUUUGUAUGAGAAUAGUGAUAAUUUUCAAAAUAAAUGAUGACGUAUAUGAAAUGUUUUUUUUUUUACUUGUGUAAGCAGUGAGAAGUAAAACAUUUCUAUACUGUAAUAAAUCAUUACAACAAUAUCAACUGA